AUGGUGCGACUGUCUCUGUUGCUAACUGCUUCUGCUGCGCAAUUGUCCCGUCAACUUUCGGUACCUCGCGCCGUCAACAACACCAGUCUGCCCUUAUUAAAAUUCAGCAGCAAGGGUACCUUACAAAUAUGCGUCUUCUCAGACAUGCACUUCGGGCAGUAUGAAUCAGGCAAAGGGCCCGAACAGGAUCGCAGCACUAUCCGCGUUAUAAGUGACGUUCUGGAUUAUGAAAAGCCCGAUCUCGUAGUCCUUAACGGGGAUCUGACAAAUGGCGACACCAUAAGCGGUUUUAACGGCACGCACUACAUUGAUCAGAUCGUGGCUCCCCUUAUUGAGCGAAACUUGACAUGGGCAUCCACCUACGGCAACCACGACCACAGCCUCUACGCGUCGGGCGAUUCCAUUCUGGAAAGGGAGCAAAUGUUUGCGGGUUCGCGAACCCGAAAAAUGGUCGAGACAGACGGGUCAGGAACCACGAAUUAUUAUCUUCCCGUCUACUCCGCUAAAUGCGAAAGCACAAGCUCUUGCGCUCCCCAACUCCUGCUAUGGUUCUUCGACAGCCGCGGCGGCUCUCGCUACCAGGGUGAAGCGCAGCCUAACUGGGUGGAUCGCAGCGUAGCAGAUUGGUUUCGAGAGACCAACGAGGCGCUUGUGAAUAAGUAUAACAAGACGAUGCCAUCACUCGCCUUCGUCCACAUCCCCAUAAACGCCACGUGGUCAUUCCAGACGCAAGUCGGGCUCAGCAGUCACCAUCAGCCAGGCAUUGAUGAGGAGCCUGCCUGCGCACAGCAGGGAGCAGGGUGGUGCAGCAACGGCAGCUUGACCGAGACUUGCGUGUACUGCGGGCAAGACGUCCCGUUUAUGCAGGCCCUGGUGAGUGUACCGGGGCUCAUUGGACUGUUUUACGGCCACGAUCACGGACAGACCUGGUGUGUUAAAUGGGAUCGAUUGCUGCCCGGCAUGACAGUUCCGGGUAACGGGAUCAAUCUCUGCUACGGCCAGCACUCAGGCUACGGCGGCUACGGGGACUGGAUCCGAGGCGCGAGGGAAAUCAUCGUGACUGAGGAGCAGCUCAAGAACUUUGCGGUUGAUACACACAUCCGACUUGAGAAUGGGGGGGUCGUGGGCGCCGUGGGAUUGAACGCGACAUUAAAUAAGGAUCGUUAUCCUGCCACGCCGAACCAGUUGACAUUUCUGAGUAGAACGGAAGAGAACGGAGAUAUUGCGGUGAGUCUGGCCCCGUCAUCCGAGGCACGUAGGAUUCGUUGGGGGGGAUUUCUCGUUGCGGUGCAGACUGCGAUUCUGCAACAGGUACUGGGUGCAUGUCUUGGCGUCAGGCUGUUUUAG